AUGAUCCAUACUGCUUAUGUAACCCUGCUUCAUCCAGAGGCUGGAACAGGAGCAGGUCAGUCUGCCUUGCACCAGCCUAAGGCUGAAAUAGGAGCAGGAGAUGGGCUUGGCAGUUGCCAGAAACAGUUAAUUGCUCUCCAUCAAAGGUUAUUAGGAACAGAAAAGGAAAGCUUGAAGCGAUCCAGAGACCUCAACACUAUUCUAGAUGAACUAAAGCAAAGUGUCUCUGCAAAGAAGAAUGCAACAGAGAACCUUAUCAAUAUCACAAAGUGGAAAGUUUGGAAUAACACCAGCAAGCGAACUAUGCAGCUCACAAAUGUCUUCUCUUACUUACCGCACCUACUUGACCAUGAUGACAGCCUGCAACCCAAUGUGUUAAUUGGACAAGGAAGAACUGCAGUCUCUAUGGUGAUUGGGAUCCCUACUGUGAAAAGAGAUAAACAGACUUAUCUGAUGGACACACUGAGUUCUCUUCUUCGUGAAUUGUCCCAUGAAGAAAGAAAUGACUGCGUCAUUGUUGUUCUUGUAGCAGAGGUGGAUAUGACGCAUGUACGAAGCAUUGCUGACAGUGUUAACAGCAUGUUCCCAAAAGAAGUGAAGUCUGGACUCAUUGAAGUAAUCUCACCACCUGCCAGCUUUUAUCCUGACUUGUCCAAUCUGAAAGAAACCUUAGGAGAUACUCAGGAAAGAGUGAGGUGGAGGACAAAACAGAAUUUAGAUUACAGCUUCUUAAUGUUGUACGCCCAGCCCAAAGGGACAUAUUAUGUGCAGUUGGAGGAUGAUGUUAUAGCCAGACCAACUUUUUUCCAAUCAAUGAAAGCCUUUGCAGAUCAGCAGUCUUCCACAGACUGGAUUGUGUUGGAGUUCUCUCAACUUGGGUUUAUAGGAAAGCUCUUCAGAUCAUCUCACCUACCACUCAUCAUAGACUUUUUCUUAAUGUUCUACAAAGACAAACCUAUAGACUGGUUACUUGAUCACUUUCUCUGGGUUAAAGUAUGUAAUCCAGAAAAGGAUGCUAAGCACUGUGAGAGUGAGAAGGCAAACGUGAGGAUCCGUUACAGGCCAUCCCUAUUUCAGCAUGUUGGGACUCACUCUUCUCUGCCUGGAAAAGUCCAAAACUUAAAAGACAAAGAUUUUGAGAAGAUACUGUACAGAUCACAUGCUAACCCUGCAGCAGAUGUAUCUACUACUCUAAAGAUCUAUCAAGAAUUUACUUUGGAAAAGGCCUACAAAGGGGAAAACUACUUUUGGGCCUUUGCUCCCGUGGCAGGCGAUUAUAUUAAGUUUAACUUUUCCAAGCCACUGUUGAUUGACGGGUAUGUUUUUAAAACUGGAAAUUCAGAGCAUCCUGGAGAUAAGUUGUUCAGCACAGCAGUUGAUAUUCUUCCUGGUGAUAAAUCGCUAAUGGCAAAGGGGGGCUUACCAAAUGAUUCCAAGUAUCAAGUAACAGAAGAUGGAUACUUAAGGAUAGAUGCAUUUGAAAAUGGAGUAGCAGAACAGUCUAUUGACCCUUCAAUAGGAAAUAUUGAAGCCAUCCGUCUAUCCAUUCUUUCUGAGUCUCCUGUUUGGGUUUUGUUGAGUGAGAUUGGUAUCAAAAUUGCAAAAACAGAAAACAUACAAACAAGAGAAAAACAGUAAAAAUGUUGAAGAUUAUUAUAUGAAGAACAUUGACUGUAUUAAAAUGCCACAAGGAAUGUGCCAUCUAGUCACAUGUAGGUGGCAACCAAACUGAAUGUAGCCGGUCACUGCUAAAAACAAGGCAUUACAAGAAAAAUUCUCAUUAUUUCUGGGAUAAUAAGUGCCUUAGCAAUGAGUUAACUUAUUUAUAAGAACACGUUUCAUUUUUCUGUGGUAAUGACAAGUGCCUGAGUAAUGUGCUAAUUUAUUUAUGUUUAUAAUGUGGAUUUAUACUGACCUGAUUCCUCAAAUAUUAAUAAAAAUGAGGAAAAGCCAUGCCUGCCCAACAGCCGCUAAAAAGAUCACGUUGAUUCAGGAGAGUAUGUAUUCAUGCUGCUACUGGUCUGUGUCUAUCCAUUAUUUAUUCUGUGCCUACUGUGUUAGUGCAAAUAUAUAAUCAUCCUCCCCAAAUACCACUAGUGAUACAAUGUUCUACGUUCAACCACUUUUUCAGAAGAGAAAACUGCAUUUUAUUUUGACUCAAAUGACUCAUGUUUUUGAAUAUUAGUUUCCAUUUAUAUCUUUAUAUUGCCCUCUUUCUGGGUAGUAACCUUCACUUUUUCUCCCUCCUCUCAGGAAAGCGCAGGCCUGCAUAAUACCACCCUUCUCCUUUGUGGUAUUUGACAUCAUUUACUCAGGGAUUCCUAAUGUAUUUUCCCACUUUUUUAAGGGUCUUUUUUAUUUUUUUAGCCCUAUGUUAAAUUGUGAAAUUGUCAUACAGCAUAUAAGACGUAGCCUGAUUUUAUUGUUAUUGUUAUAUCUCCAGAAAAGUCAAUAUACUCCAGCUCCAUCUAUGUCCUCACCAGUGUCAGUAUUGCUUUCCUUCUACUAGAGAAAUAUCUUCCAGCAGAAUUAAUAUUCUUCCUGUCUGAUCAUAAGUUUAAUAACUGGAUUGUUACAAAAUGUCAUUAAUAAUUGAUAUUUUCCUCAUUUUCAGUAGCCAGCCUAAUGUAUACUAUUCAUUACAUGUCUGGAAAUUGUCCCUCUUUAAUGUAUUAUCAUACAUUUCAAAUUAAAUGUCAGGUACCAUAUUUUAGAUCAUCUGCCUGGUUCAUUGAUCACAUACAAAAUAUUUUGAUGGGAGGACUUCUGUCUUACUAGACUUUUGGGAGUUAAAAUGCCUUCUCUUUAAAUUAGUGUCAGAAUAUGUAAGUUGUGGAGUUGCUGUUUACAUAUCAUGAUGUGAAACUCAGACCCUUUAUCCUCCUGCCUGACAGAAUCAUGGAUUAAAAUUAUAAUUAGACAACCUGCAUGCUCAGGUAUCUGAUGCUUAAUUAUGUUGUUUACCAGUAGCCGUUUUGCAGUUAAGAUCUGUGCCUGACUUACCUAACAUAACACUGUAUGUCUUCCCAAGUGUGGUCAGAGGGGCUCCACCCAAGCACUCUGCAGUUGAUUCUCACCUUGGAGAGAGUUAGCUUGUGAUUACAUCUGUGAAUGUGUCCAUGGUUAUAGGACAUCAUCUUCAUCUUGGGAGGACUUUUCCUACAUUUUGUAUCUCCACCACCACUGUCACGCUUGAUUUUUGUAGUAAUGAUACCACAAUGGGACAUAAGCAUUCCUGCUAAUGUUCCCACCUAAUAUAUCUGUGUAUACAAAGAGAUUGAUGUAUACUGAC